AUGGGCUCCGGGGAGAAGCCUAAGGUUCAUUAUGUGCCAAAGAUUCUGAAUGGCGGUAUCGCUGGAAUUGUCGGAGUCACGUGUGUGUUUCCUUUGGAUCUUAUAAAAACUCGCCUUCAAAACCAAAAGGGAACAUCAUCAUAUAAUGGGAUAAAAGAUUGUUUCGCUAAAACAUUGGCGAACGCUGGUGCUUCACGGAGCAAUCAAAUAAGAGCUUUCUACCAAGGAGCCUCUGUCAACAUUCUGCUCAUCACCCCGGAAAAAGCUAUCAAGCUUGUAGCCAACGAUUUCUUCCGUAAUAUCCUCAAAAAGGGAGAUGAAAAACUUUCUUUGUUCAGAGGAAUCGUUGCCGGAGCUAGUGCAGGAACUUGUCAGGUUAUCAUCACAACACCUAUGGAACUUCUUAAGAUUCAAAUGCAACAAUCAACUAAAAGGCAAAGUUUGGUCACAGUCGUCAGUUCCUUUUUGCGCGAGAAAGGUUUGGCAGGAUUGUAUACAGGCUUGGGACCCACCUUAGCUAGAGAUGUUACUUUCUCUGCCAUUUACUUCCCACUUUUCGCAAGUCUCGAUGCUUUGGGACCGAGAAAGAGCGACAAUUCGGGAGAUGCCGUUUUCUGGGCUAGCUUUUUGUCAGGUUUGACUUCUGGAGCCAUGGCUUCCUUCGCAGUUACUCCACUCGACGUAGUGAAAACUCGAUGCCAAUAUGUUGGCGAAGGAGCUACGCCAUACAAGAGCAUGUCUGAAGCAUUUGUGUCUAUUCUGGGUAAAGAAGGACCUAAAGCGCUAUUCAAAGGAGCUGCCUGUCGUAUGAUGGUGAUGGCCCCACUGUUUGGAAUAGCUCAAACAGUCUACUACGUAGGAGUAGCUGAGAAGCUUUUAGGCUACGAGAAAUCGCAAAGAGUAUAG